AUGUCGUCUUUGCCAGGAACGGUACCGCGGAUGAUGCGCCCGGCUCCCGGACAGAACUAUCCCCGCACUGGAUUCCCUCUGGAAGUGUCCACUCCUCUGGGCCAGGGACGUGUCAACCAGCUCGGAGGGGUCUUUAUCAACGGCCGCCCGCUACCCAACCACAUCCGACACAAGAUCGUGGAGAUGGCCCAUCACGGGAUCCGGCCCUGCGUCAUCUCCCGCCAGUUGCGCGUCUCCCACGGCUGCGUCUCCAAGAUUCUGUGCCGCUACCAGGAGACCGGUUCCAUCCGGCCCGGAGCUAUCGGAGGCAGCAAGCCCAGGCAGGGAGCCACGCCGGACGUUGAAAAGCGGAUAGAGGAGUACAAGCGGGACAACCCCGGAAUGUUCAGCUGGGAGAUCAGGGAUAAACUGCUGAAGGACGGAGUGUGUGACAGAAGCACAGUCCCUUCAGGUGAGGCCUCCCCUGUGAGUUCAAUCAGCCGUGUGCUUCGAGCUCGCUUUGGGAAGAAGGACGAGGAGGAUGAAUGUGAUAAAAAGGAUGAAGAUGGGGAGAAGAAAACGAAACACAGUAUCGACGGUAUUCUCGGGGACAAAGGUAGUCGGAUGGAUGAAGUGUCUGAUGUAGAGUCAGAGCCUGACCUCCCUCUGAAGAGGAAGCAGCGAAGGAGUCGCACCACGUUCACAGCGGAGCAGCUGGAGGAGCUGGAAAAGGCUUUUGAAAGAACCCACUACCCUGACAUCUAUACCAGGGAAGAGCUAGCCCAGAGGACCAAAUUGACUGAGGCCAGGGUCCAGGUCUGGUUCAGCAACCGAAGAGCCAGAUGGCGAAAACAAGCAGGAGCCAAUCAGCUAGCAGCAUUCAACCAUCUGUUGCCAGGUGGAUUUCCUCCUACAGGGAUGCCAACACUUCAGACUUACCAGCUUCCAGAAUCUAGCUACCAAACCAACAGUCUGUCUCAAGAUGGUAUUGGUACAGUUCACCGUCCCCAGCCGUUACCUCCAUCCACCAUGCACCAGAGUAGUCUGUCUAGCACUGACAGCAGCUCCGCCUACGGUCUGGCCUCAAACCGCCACAGCUUCUCCACCUACUCUGACACUUUUAUGACCUCCGCAGCACCAAGCAGCCACAUCAACCCUGUCAGCAAUGGACUCGCCCCACAGGUGAUGAGCAUUCUGAGUAACCCAAGUGGAGUCUCCUCACAGCCACAACACGACUUCUCCAUUUCACCGCUCCAUAGCGCCCUGGACUCCUCUCCAUCCAACGUAAUCUCAGGCAGCUGCAGCCAGCGUUCAGCCGAGGCCUCUAUUAAGACGGUGGACAGCCUUCCCUCAUCCCAGUCCUACUGCCCUCCCACAUACAGCACCACCAGCUACAGCAUGGACUCAGCUGUGGCAGCUGCCGGCUACCAGUACAGUCAGUAUGGCCAGAGUGAGUCUGCUGUGGAUUACCUGGCAAAGAACGUCAGCCUGUCCAGUCAGCGCAGGAUGAAGCUGGCCGACCACACAGCUGUACUGGGACUGCUGCAGGUCGAGACUGGCCAGGCCUACUAG